AUGCCUUCCUCGACAUCUUCCAAACCCUUCGCUAACCUCUUCCACCCCCGCAGCAAGCUCAACGAGCUCAAGUCCCCUCGCCUGCCCUGCCACAGCAGCCGCUUCGCGUCUAGGCGCUGGCGCCCUCCCUCCUCCGUCUACUCCAGGAGCGGCGACUUUGUCUCCCCCCUCUCGCCAGAGUUUGCCAAAAAGGCCACCAUCGGGGACCAUAACGCCGUCUCCCCUCUUUCUCCAGACUUCGCCAACGUGGCUUCCUCCAACAUGUACCGCUCCGCCGCGGCGGAAGUCUCCCCCCCGAGCUCUCCUGACAUGGCGGCUCAGGUGAAACGGACAACCGCCCCAACGCAGGGCCGCAAUGUCUCUCCCAUGGACUCUCCCACUACGUCGCAGCUCGACGUCGCAGCCGAGCACGGCUAUUCAGACCAGCAGCAGCAGCAACCGAACCCACAGGUUCGGAAAAAGACCAGCAUUCCCAUGUUGCGCCGCGAGCGCCGCAAGAACCAAGAGGUCGCCGCCAACACUCUCCGCGAGUCAAAGUCCCAGCAGCGUCUGCGGAUCCAACGCGAGACCAGGUGGGAUGACAUGACGGGCGAACCCACGUCGCAGGACAAGGGCCGUGCGGGCCAGGUCCGACCGCAAGAGUUCGCCCAAGAGUUUUCUGCCAACAUGGCCCUCGGCAUGUCCCCGGCCGCCCUGAAAGCCAUGAAGAACGCACCACAGACGCAGACCUUUGGCGACCGCCUGCGAAGGUUGCGGCCCAUCGGCGGAAACAAAAAGCAGCAGCAGCAGCAGCAGCAGCAGCAGCAACAACAACAACAACAGCAACAGCAGCAGCAGCAGCGGCAGCCUUCUCCCGAAUCAGCCACAGCCGUCGUUGAGCCCAUUGACGAGCGCCCGCCCUGGCGCGGCGCAAGCGGACGGACGCCCAUGGUUAAGCCCGUCCGCGACACCAAACCUGCGUCGCCUCUCAGCAUCCCUCCCCAGAGCACGAGACGUGCGGCCGUUGGGCCUAGGCUACCCAUCGCGGGUGUUACCACCUCCCCGUUGUCCCCUGUUAGCCCCCCAAGAUCUGAAACGUCACCGCGCUCAAGGACGCCCACCGCCAGAACUGUGCUCAACGCCCCCCGACAGCUGACUGCUUCUCCUUCUCCUUCGCCCUCGGCCACUCGAACCCCCGCGCCCGCUCAGUCCUCAUAUCCCAGUCCCCCCAACUCGAGCGCUGAUGUCCAGUCGCCCAUACAUGCGACGCCCGACGCCGCUACUGCUGCCGAUGCAGCGACUCUGCAGCCUGCAGCCUUGGCGGUACCCCUGCCUGCACCCCUGUCGGGUCAGCAGCAGGGCGCCCCUAUUGCCCAAUCAGACCGUGACAAGGCUAUACGGAGAAAGCCCCAUCGUGCGAACCCGCUAGGUCUGCGCGCGCCUCAGCCGUCGUACACUUCGAGCAUCUACUCUGAGCAGACCGUCCGGUCACCAACCUUUGACGAGCACGAAAAGCUUCAUCAACCUCGUGCUCCCCCGUCGCCGGUCGACCACAAACCCGCUGCCGUGGUCAACGAAGCUGCGGCUCAUGCUACCUCGGGUUACAACCCCGCGGCCGUCUCCACCUCAGUCACACCUCGCGAAUCUGCAGAGACGGGUUCUGCCCCGGUUCAGUCCCCCCACCAAGCUGAAGGGGUCAUGAACCGCAAGCGCCCAGCUGUUAUCAAGUCGACGAGCCCUUCGAUCAAUCCAGAUCAACCCAUCGUCAUCUCCAUGUCGUCCCCGUACAUGUCGAGCGCCUUUGCCGAGGCACCCUCGCCGCCUCCCGCCCGAGCACAGCUGCCCAGCCAGAGAGAAUCGCUGGCGCGGACCAGUCCCGCCAGUCUGUUCAGCAACUCGAGCCGCCCCGAGUCGGUCUGGUCCACCAGCAAAGCCUUGCCGCCGCCCCCGACCGAGACAUGCAUGUCCAACGACCGCGUCGGCUACCUCAAUGCCCGGCUCGAUUCGUUAUCCAACCGCCGCAUCAACAUCAACAAGGCCAUCAGGCAGAUGACGGAGCUCAUGCCGACCGACCACAUCCUGGCCAGCCAGGCCGUCCUGCUCAAACGGGAAGCCGAGAAGCGCAAGGUGGAAGCCCUGAAGAUCGAGCUGGCGGAAAUACAACGCGAGGAAUACGAAACCGGCCUCAAGCUGCACCGGGCGUACAAGAGAAUGGACCGCAACGCCGACUACGAGCCCACAACGCUCUGGGUGAGGAGAGUUACCAACUAG